GUCGGGCCUGGUGACGCGUUAGACCAACAAUUCGGUGCACCUAGGUUUGGCGCGGGCCUGGAAGGCCUUCUAAUUCUCUACCAGAGAAUGUUGCGAGUGGUUAGCUGGAACGUCAAUGGGAUCCGGAGCCCCCUGCAAGGGUUGGUGAAAGAGGAACCCAGCAACUGUACCUCCGGAGAUAUGGGGCGCAUUUUGGACAAGCUGGAUGGUGACAUCGUCUGCCUCCAGGAGACCAAAGUGACUAGAGAUGUGCUGACAGAGCCUCUGGCUAUCAUUGAGGGCUAUAAUUCCUAUUUCAGCUUCAGCCGCAACCGUAGUGGCUAUUCUGGUGUAGCCACCUUCUGUAAGGACAGUGCUACCCCAGUGGCUGCUGAAGAAGGCCUGAGUGGCCUACUUGCCACUCAGAAUGGCUACAUAGGUUGCUAUGGAAACAUGGAUGAGUUCUCCCGUGAGGAACUUCGGGCUCUGGAUAGUGAGGGUCGGGCCCUCCUCACACAGCACAAAAUCCGCACGGAGGAAGGAAAGGAGAAGACCCUGACCUUAAUCAAUGUUUACUGUCCCCAUGUGGACCCUGGGAAACCUGAGCGGCUAGCUUUUAAGAUGCGUUUCUAUCGCUUGCUGCAGAUCCGAGCAGAAGCCCUCCUGGCAGCUGGCAGCCAUGUGAUCAUUUUGGGUGACCUGAAUACAGCCCACCGCCCCAUUGACCACUGGGAUGCAGUCAAUGUGGAAUGCUUUGAAGAGGACCCAGGGCGCAAGUGGAUGGAUGGCUUGCUCAGUGACCUGGAGUGCCAGGAUGGAUUCCACAUAGGGCCAUUUAUUGAUACCUACCGCUGCUUUCAACCAAAGCAGGAGAGGGCCUUCACCUGCUGGUCAACAGUCACUGGUGCCCGCCAUCUGAACUAUGGCUCCCGGCUUGACUAUGUGCUGGGGGACAAAAACCUGGUCAUAGACACCUUCCAGGCCUCCUUCCUGUUGCCUGAGGUGAUGGGCUCUGACCAUUGUCCUGUGGGUGCAGUCCUGAGUGUGUCCUCUGUACCUGCAAAACAGUGCCCGCCUCUGUGCACCCGCUUUCUCCCUGAGUUUGCAGGCACCCAGCUGAAGAUCCUUCAAUUCCUUGUUCGUCUGGAACAAGAUUCUGUGUAUAAGCAGUCGGCACUGCAACUCGGUAAUCAAAUUCAGGUACAGAAGCACCAAAGCAAAGCCUGUGUGCGCUCAACUAGGCCUCGACCAAGUCAGGUUCGCUCCAGCAGAGGCCAAAAAAACUUGAAGAGCUACUUUCAACCAUCCUCUAACUGUCCCCAAGCUUUUCCUAACCUGGAGCUUCCAAACCUAGAUGGUUUUGUGACUCCAAAGACACCAGAAGAGGUAAUGGCCAAAGUGGUGGUGCAGACGAAGGCAUCAGAUUCAGAAGCCAAAGAUGAGAAGGAGGUGCAAACCUCAUUCUGGAAAUCUGUGCUAGGGGGGCCUUUGCCUGUGCCCCUCUGUGGGGGACACAAGGAGCCAUGUGUAAUGCGAACUGUAAAGAAGCCAGGGCCCAACCUGGGCCGCCAUUUCUACAUAUGUGCUAGGCCCCAGGGUCCUCCCACUGACCCCUCCUCCCGCUGCAACUUCUUCCUUUGGAGCAGGCCCAGCUGAACCAACCUAGACCUAGGGAUAUCUGAUAUGAUCAGUUCUUCUGUACAUGAUCUAAGGCGAGCUCCUUCCUAAAUUACCUCCUCCUCCCCCAGGGCCUUUUCCUUUUCUUUCCUUCACUUUUUCCCUCCUCCAGGGUCCUUUCCUUUCUCUUCCUCAUACACAUCUCAUUAGAGAGCUUCAUGUGCCUUAAAACUGAUCCAGGCCACUGUCUCACUUCUGACAGGAAGGUUACUCCAGGAAGAUGUGAUUUUUAAACCCCUUCCUUCCUUGUUGGAAAAUAUGCUUAUUCUUAAAUAAAACUUGUCUCUGUUUUAUCUCACCGUGUUGUGUGGACCUUUUAGAUGUGCUCCAUGGAGUUGAGUCUGAGAUGUUAUCUCAGAAUUGGAUUGCCACCAGCCUGUAUGACAGAAAUAAAACUCCCAGAGAAGGGGGGGGAGUGGAGUGGCAUAUACCAUAAAGGGCUCUGCUGAGUUGUAUAGGUUCCCUGCAUUACUGAGGUUGGAUCAAUAAGAAUGGUAGGUAUGGUGUGGCAGAAAGUUCAAGUGGACUUUGUGGCCUUAAAUCAGGGUUUCCCAAUUGCCGUGUCCCGCAGCUGCUAUACAUGGCUUACAAUGUGAGAAGAAAUGGGUCCUUAUGUCAUUGAGUUUCCAGGCCAGGAAUUGCACAAGUGUCUGGGAAGAUUACCUUCUAGGCAAGUA